GGUCGUCAUACAAAAACUGGACAAUUGGCAGCCAUCAAAGUCAUGACUGUCACGGAGGAUGAAGAAGAGGAAAUCAAACUGGAAAUAAAUGUACUAAAAAAAUUCUCCAACCACAGAAAUAUAGCCACCUAUUAUGGAGCAUUUAUCAAGAAAAGCCCAGCUGGCAAGGAUGAUCAGUUAUGGCUGGUCAUGGAGUUCUGUGGAGCUGGCUCAGUGACAGAUCUGGUCAAAGCAACAAAAGGCAAUUUUCUCAAAGAAGAGUGGAUUGCUUAUGUAUGCCGGGAGAUUUUACGGGGCUUGGCCCAUCUCCAUGCCAACCGAGUGAUUCAUCGAGACAUCAAGGGACAGAAUGUUCUGCUCACAGACAAUGCUGAAGUGAAAUUAGUUGAUUUUGGAGUCAGUGCCCAGCUUGAUAAAACCAUUGGCAGGAGGAAUACUUUCAUUGGAACUCCAUAUUGGAUGGCCCCUGAAGUCAUAGCCUGCGAUGAGAAUCCUGAUGCAACUUACGACAAGCGGAGUGACCUCUGGUCUUUGGGCAUAACUGCAAUAGAAAUGGCUGAAGGAAAACCUCCUCUGUGUGAUAUGCAUCCCAUGAGGGCUCUGUUUUUAAUCCCAAGAAAUCCUCCACCUCGCCUAAAAAAUCCAAACAAAUGGUCUAGUAAGUUCCACAACUUUGUCGAUUGUUGCCUGGUGAAGGAUUAUCAGCAACGUCACUCUACAGAACAACUGCUCAAGCACCCCUUCAUCAAGGACCAGCCCACUGAGAGGCAGGUUAGGAUUCAGCUGAAAGAUCACAUUGACAGACACAAGAAAAAUCGUAAAG